UUUUUGGAAAUUAAAUAUAACUCUUGACAUUUUAGGUUUUGUAUCACGUAAUAGAAACAUUUACUCACGGAGUGGUGUACGUUCAAGUUAUCAUGGAACUCGUCAAAGUGACUAUAAGGUUUUAUCCUGCAAUACCAAUUAGUACACCAUUAUUUACGGUAUUUGCAGUUAUUAUAUGGGUGUCUAAAAAUCUUGUGCUCCAAUGUAUGAUGUGCACGGAAUGCGAACAGUUUUACUGCACCAUAAAGGAUGUUGAGGUGUUAUGCGCAAAUGUGCUGAGAACCAGAGAUCCAGGCCCAAUCACAAGAUCAUUCAAAACCAUACAGCGUUAUAACUUAACAUGCUCAAAGAUGAACGCCUAUGGUCUUUUUGAUAUAGAUGCCAAAAUGCCAGCAAAAUUAUUAGCCGCAGUAGCGACUUACACUGUGGUCAUAUUGCAAUUAUCUCUAAAGAACCUCUGGGAUAUAGAAAUAAAUAUUAAUUCAACGGACAAUUCUACUUUUAGCAAUGUAACAGCGAGUACUAGCAUCGCUAUCUCUUCGAUAUUUUUGGCUACCAUUUGGGCGACCAAGAAUAUUGUUUUACUGAGCAUGCUGUCUGCGACGUGUGAACGAUUCCACUCGUCCUUCAAACAUGUACAGGUCCUGUGUACGGAUAUACUGAGGAAUGGGCAUCCUGGCCGGAUCUCCAGAAUAUUCAAAACAAUAAAGCGUUACAACCUAUGUUAUGCUAAACUAAAUGCUUGCGGGUUAAUUAAUAUUGACGCCAAAUUGCCAGCAAAAUUGGUGGGGGCUGUGGCGACUUACUCUAUAGUCAUAUUGCAAUUUUCUAUCAAAAACGUAUGGAAUUUCGACGAGAAGUUUUUCUUCAAUACACACAAACGUUUGAGUGCAAAUUACUCCGAAUCAUAGACUGGAGCAGUGACGGUCACAACUACC